GACAUAGAGCCGGAGACUCAAAAAGAGGAACAUUUGAUGGAAGAAAAGAAAAAGAAAAAGCAGGAAGAAAAGAAGAAGAAGGAAGGUGCCCAGAAAAAGGCUGCUGAACAAAAAACCAAAGUGCCAGAACCAAUCAAGAUCAAUUCCAACCAGCCCCAGUCUGCUGCUCCCAGUACUUCCACCAGCACUGUCCAAAACAGCAAUGGCAAGCGAGCACCUGCCAACGGCCAGCAAACCGCGGCCUCCCGUUACCUGCCACGAGAGGUGCCUCCUCGCUUCCGCCAGCAAGAACAGAAGCAAUUAUUAAAAAGAGGACAGCCACUGCCAACUGGGACACUGACCAGUGCUAAUACAGGACAGGAUACUGGACAAACUGGGGCAAGCCCACCUCCACAGCAGGGGGCUGGUGGAGCUCAUCACCCUGCAAAGACUCACUCUGAUCUCGGUCACAGUGGUCUCGGAGACCAUUAUGAAAAUUCCCAUUGGGGACCGCAGCCUACACUCAGAGGUGAAACCAGUUAUAGCUGGGAUAAAGUGAUAAUAGACAGGACUGACAAGGAAGCGUGGCCUUCCAUUACAGGAACUGAGACUGAAUCUGCCUCAGAAUGUACUACAGACACUGACUCUGCCUCCAACUGUGGCUCAGAGAAAAGUAGCAUGGCUACAACGAGUGCCCAAGGCAACUUCACUGGACAUACAAAGAAAUCAAAUGGCAAUAAUGGCGCCAAUGGAGCACUCAUCCAAAGCACUUCUAACCAGAGUGCCAUUGGAGCUGGUGGAGCAAAUGGGAAUGGAAACUUGGCAAGGGUUUGGGGUUCAGCAUCUGGCUCCAACGCUAGCAUUACACACAGCUCCUCCAGUGGUGGGGAAGGAAAGGUGGACAGCAUGAUUGGAGAGGGUAGGAGUCAAAACUGCUGGGGUUCUUCCAACUCAAAUACCGGCAUUAAUCUUAACCUUAACCCUAAUGCCAAUCCAGCUGCCUGGCCUGUGCUUGGACAUGAAGGGACUUUAAGCGGAGGUAACCCCUCAACUAUUUGCAGUCCAGUCAGUGCCAUAGGUCAGAAUAUCAGCAACCAGAAUGGAAACGCUUGGAGAAAUUUGCAGUCACAAGAGAGCACAGAACCACAAACGUCCACUUCUCAGAAUGUGUCUUUCAGCAUACAACCUCAGAACCUUAACACUGAUGGACCAAAUAACACUAACCCCAUGAAUUCUUCACCAAACCCCAUUAAUGCAAUGCAGACGAAUGGACUGCCUAACUGGGGAAUGGCCGUUGGAAUGGGGAGCAUCAUCCCACCACACCUGCAAAGCCUUCCUGGUGCUAAUGGUUCAGUUUCUCAAGUCAGUGGGAUUGGUGGCGACAGCACAGGCAGUUCAGUCUGGGGUUUAUCACCAGGUGUCCCUGCUUCUGGAAACUGCAGUUCUGGGUUCAAUCAGGAAACUGGAGAUACUGCUAGUACAGCCGUAAACGCUAAACAGAACGGAUCUGGGUGUGUAGCUCAGAAAGAUGGCACAGGGGUUAGUGCAUGGGAUUCAGGACCACCUACCAGCCCAGGAGUACUGGCAUGGGGCCGAGGGAGAAGCAAUGGAAAUAUGCAUUCUGGACCUUGGGCUCAACAAAACCGUGGCACAAGCAGCAACAUGAAUGGUGAAUGGGUUAAGGCUCCAAACCAGCAUUCCAGUAAUGACAUCAAUGGAAAGGGAUCUACAGGGUGGGAUAGUAUUACCAUUCAGAAUCCUCCUCAGCAGGGAAGUGAUCAAAUGAACUCAAGGGCCAAAUCUGUCUCAUCGGGGACAUCGUCAAAUGACAGUACUGGAAAUCCAAAUGAAGGAAAGGUGGGAGAAUCUCAGCGAGGAGACAAGGGUUUGCCAGAUCAGGGGCAGAUACAGUUGCCAAGACAAGACCUUGAUCCAAGGGUCCUCUCCAACACAGGCUGGGGACAGGUCCCGGUUAAGCAAAAUAUUGCAUGGGAAUAUGAUGAAUUUCAGCGGCCUGACAAGAAGACUAUUGGGACUGAAGCUUGGGCCUGUAAAAACGCACAGCCCUCAAACUCAGGGGGGAAGAGUGAAGGGUCCAUCAUGAACAGUACAAAUACCUCUUCAGUAUCAGGAUGGGUCGGCCCCCAACCUAUAUCUGCUCCUGUAAAUGCAAGUUGGGUAGAAAAUAAAGCGCCAAAUGGUCCAGUGGGUUGGGGAGAUCCUGCAAGCUCUACUGUCGUCAAUGCUGCUGCCAAAAGUGGUCACGCUUGGGGCGGGUCCACUAAUCAAGAGGACAAGUCUCCUACUUGGAGUGAGCCUCACAAGUCCAAACCCCAAGGCUGGGGUGAUGGGCAGAAAUCAAAUCCCAGCUGGCCAACUGGUGGGGGAGACUGGAAUGAUGUGCCUCCUGUUCCAACACACAUGACUGAUGGGAAGAAAAAUGCAGCUGUAUGGGAUGCCGAUGGAAAGGCUGGAACGAGGUGGAGUGAAAAUUCACGGUCUGGGACCAGUGGGUGGGGAAAUGGCACAAGCACUAAGGCAAAUCCGGGUACAGGCUGGGGGGAACCCAUGAAAACUCCUCAGCAAAACUGGGGCAACAAACCCCAAGACAACAAUGUGAGUGGUUGGGGAGGAGCUGCAUCUGUAAAACAGACUGGAUCUGGGUGGGUUGGCAGACCAGUGCCAUCACCACCUACAGCUAAGCAAAAGGAUGCAAAUGCCGAGUCCAGUGGCUGGGAGGAGCCUUCACCACCGUCCAUACGCCGUAAAAUGGAAAUCGAUGAUGGUACCUCAGCUUGGGGAGACCCGAGCAAUUACAACAGUAAAACUGUAAAUAUGUGGGAUAGAAAUAACACCGUGGUUCAGACUGUCCAGUCCCCCAACUCCAACCCCACCCCAAUCUCUCCUCCAAGUACUAGUUUGGUUGAACCACAGCCACCUCAUCAGUCAAGUGCCCAGCAAAGCCGAUCCCCUUUACUAGGUCCAGGCUGGGGAGACAUACCUCCCGUCCAUUCAAAGACUGAAGCCUCUUGGGGGGAACCUCCUUCUCCGUCUGCUGCAGUUGACAAUGGGACUUCAGCAUGGGGCAAGCCUUCUAACAGUGGUUCUGGUUGGGUGGAUGGCUCUGCCGAAUCUCCUGGAUCCUAUAGAAGGACAAGUGCUCAGACUGCUGCCCCUGUGCUGUGCAAACCAGCUCCAAAAUCUAUGCAAGAAAGCUGGGGAAGUGGAGGAGAGGAAGUGGGCCUCAGCCAGUGGGAGGAUGAGGAAAAUGAUAUGUGGAAUAAUGCUGCUUCCCAAGACAGUAACUCCUCCUGCAAUUCCUGGGGCAACGGCCCCAAGAAAGGACUUUCCAAGGGCAUGAAGACCCCAAAUAAGUCUGAUGAGGCCUGGAUUAUGACCAGAUUGACUAAACAGCUUACUGACAUGGGCUUUCUGAAAGAGCCUGCAGAAGAGGCCUUGAAGAGUAACAACAUGAACCUGGACCAGGCCAUGAGUGCUCUCCUGGAAAAGAAGGUGGAAAUGGACAAGCGUGGAUUGGGAAUGGCUGACUAUAAUGCUAUGGUCGCCAAGCCCCUGAGCUGCCGCCCACCACCGAUCUCCAAAGAGUCUUCCAUGGACCGCCCCACUUUCCUAGAUAAGCUCACCAUCUCUCUCUCCAAUCAGGAUGGCGGCCUAAUGGAAGAGCCCUCUACUUCACCAUUUUUGCCUUCACCAAGCCUGAAGCUCCCCCAUCCAAAUAGCGCACUCCCUAACCAGGCCAUUGGUGGCAUGACACCAGGCCUAAACAUGCAGAACUUGAAUUCCUCUAGACAGAUACAGAGUGGCAAUCUGGGCAUGUUUGGCAAUAGUGGAGCAGCACAAGCCAGGUCCAUGCAACAGCCACAGCAGCCACCAGUGCAACCUCUCAACUCAUCCCAGCCUAGUCUUCGUGCUCAAGUGCCUCAGUUUUUAUCCCCUCAGGUUCAAGCACAGCUUUUGCAGUUUGCAGCAAAAAACAUUGGUCUCAACCCUGCACUAUUAACCUCGCCAAUUAAUCCUCAGCAUAUGACCAUGUUGAACCAGCUCUACCAGCUGCAGCUGGCGUAUCAGCGUUUACAACUCCAGCAGCAGAUGUUACAGGCUCAGCGUAAUGUUUCCGGACCCAUGAGACAACAGGAGCAGCAAGUUGCACGUACAAUCAAUAACAUGCAGCAGCAGAUACAGCAACAUCAGCGCCAGCUAGCCCAGGCCCUGCUUAUGAAGCAGCAGCCUCCCCAUCCUCAUCCGCCAUUACAUCCUCCUGCAGGCAAGUCAGCACUGGACGGCUUCUCCCCCCACCCUGCUGGGUCAAGCCUGACUGACCUGCACACCAAAGAACAGCAGCCUUCUUCUAAUACCUACUCUCCAUACCCAGUUGUUCCUGGAUUAAAUCCCACCAUGAAUGUAAGCACUAUGGACAUGACUGGCAGUCUGUCAGUGAAGGACACAUCCCAGUCUCAGUCUCGUCUGCCUCAGUGGACUCACCCCAACUCAAUAGACAGCCUGGCAAACUCUUCUUCACCUCUCGACCCUAGUCCUGGCAAACAGAGUAACCUGCCUGGGAACCUAACCAUUGGCCCUCCUGUAAAGCCAUCUAUAGAGGACUCCUACAGCCGGUACGAUCUUCUCCCAAGCAAUGAAUCCCCAACAAGUCCCCCUGUUGCUGUUCCUGAUAGCUGGCCACGUGCCAAAUCUGAAAAUGAGAAAAUCUCCAAUGGAUCCAGUAUUAACUGGCCUCCUGAAUUCCAUCCAGGAGUGCCUUGGAAAGGAUUGCAAAGUAUCGACCCUGAGAAUGAUCCUGAUGUGACCCCUGGAAGUGUCCCUACUGGACCCACCAUUAACACCACCAUCCAGGAUGUAAACCGCUAUCUGCUGAAGAGUGGAGCCUUUUCUUCUUCCAUAGCAAAACUGUCUGAUAUAAAGUCAACCUGGUCGUCGAGCCCCAUCUCUCACACUCAAGCGUCCUUGUCUCAUGAGCUGUGGAAAGUACCUAGAAACACUACAGCCCCAACUCGACCUCCACCUGGGCUGACCAACGCCAAGCCUUCCUCUGCCUGGGGUUCAAACCAACUGGGCUGGACCAGCUCGUACUCAACAGGUUCUACUUGGAGCACAGACAGUUCAGGAAGAUCUAGUAGCUGGCUGGUUCUACGCAAUCUUACACCCCAGAUUGAUGGUUCUACACUGAGGACCCUGUGUCUGCAGCAUGGCCCUCUGAUUACAUUCCAUCUGAACCUUACUCAAGGCAACGCCGUGGUCAGGUACAGCUCAAAGGAGGAAGCCGCAAAAGCCCAGAAGUCCCUACAUAUGUGCGUCUUGAGUAACACUACUAUUCUGGCAGAGUUUGCUGGUGAAGAAGAGGUGAAUCGUUUCUUGGCACAAGGGCAAUGUUUGCCCCCCACUUCCAGCUGGCAAUCUAACACUGGGAAUAGUCAGGCUCGACUGGGCGGAGGCGGGGGCUCUCACAACAUGGUGCGCAAUGACACCCCCCACUGGAACCCUCCUUGUUUAAGCAGCAAGGGAAACAAUGAUCUUCUUUGGGGCAGUGUCCCCCAGUACUCCAGCAGUUUGUGGGGCCCUCCAGGGUCAGACGACGCGAGGAUCAUUCGCAGCCCGACACCUCUCAACACUCUGCUCCCAGGAGACUUGCUGAGCGGGGAAUCCAUCUGAAGAAACGUUGCACUUAGAUGCUAUGAAUUUCUAAAUCAUCAGCACGAACUGAAAACUUCAAAACCAAUAAUAUCCAGUCCUUUCCAGUCCAGGCUUUGUGAAGACUUCUUCUUCAGACCCACGUCUUCUCUCCAUGCAGUAUCUUCUCAUCCUCCCCACCGCACCCUUGUGAACUGUUCAGAGAAACAGUAUGGGGGCAUAGGAGGGGAAGGGGAGGGUUCAGGAGGAAGGGGAAGGGUCUGUCUCUUAGUACAAGUGGUCAAGCAAUUUUCUUAAGUUUUUAAAGUGUUCAAAGAAGAUUAAAAAAAAAAAAAGAAAAUGAUCAACGCUGCUUUUGCUGGGACUCAAAAGUAAGGGCACUUUUCAUAUGACAGGGCUGGAGAGGGUUGUUUUUAGGGCAGGGGCUGAGUAGUAGGGUGGGAUCAUAAAAGCCUAUUUUGAAACAAGCCUUGGUCCUUUUUAUGCACAUCAGAUGGGGCCCUUCAGUCAAAGGGGCAGAAGCAAGAUCUGCAUAUUCUUGUCAUUCUGUAUGAAGUCAAUAUUGGUACGGAAACCAAGGAAUGAAGGCUCUAGUUUGACAUCCCCCCCCCCUUUUGGAUCUGCCUAUGCACAUACCCCUUGUCCAGAGCCUUUGCUCCUGUUUUAUUUUUCGUUCAGCCCCCUCGAAAACUUCAAAACUAAAGCUUCAUAUCAGUCAUUAGAUAUACUUGAAUUUAGCAGAUCUCCAUGUUGGCUUCUGUCAGGGUUUUGGGCCUCAGCGAUACAGUUUGUGUAAGUGUCUAUGCACUUUCAAAGGGACACGUCGCAUGAUUUCCAAAAAGUGACAUACAGUAUAAAUGUGUGGACAGGUUCCUUUCGGAAAUCCAUCCCUUUUAUUUUAUUUUCUCCCCCUAUAUAACUGUUUGCUAUUACCACCCACAGUUCUGUGCACAACAAAUCUAGGAGCAGUUCAGGGGGGAAAUUUUAUUUUUAUUUUUUUAUUUGUGUGUUAUAUUGAGUUUAUUAUUGCUUUAUGCUUUAGGUCAGUUUUGAAAUAGAUUUAUCUUGUACUUAUAUACUUUUAUCUUCACCUUUGCACUGAAAUUUUCAAGGCCGCAUCCAGACCUUUGCGGAAAACAUAUAUGUAUAAUGAUAUAUCUGUUUGUGAAUACAUAUACACAUAUAGAUAUAUUCGAAGAGCGUGGAAAGAGGGACAGAGUUAACACGUAUCUAUGUUUACUCAAGGACUUAUUUUUCGAAGAAGAAAAAAAAAAUUGCAGCGUGCUUAUCUCUGAAGAAAAACUCACAAACAGUUGUCUACCUUUCCAAUGAUUCUUCUUUGAGGGGGGUAAUGCAUAUUUAUGGACACUUGUAUCUACUUGGGGGAGGGGGACAUUUGCUUUGGCUCUUGGACUUGUAAACUGGAGCAGCCGCCACGAGCAGAUCCCCAAAAGGAACACUGCAGAAUGCAGGUUUUGAACUGCGUCUAAAUGCAGAAGCCUCUCCUGGCUCUAACCUGUUUACAAAACUCUUUUUGUUUUAUGUUACUGUGUUUCCUGCUUUUUCAUUUUUUUUUUUUUUUUCUCUCCAAAAAAAAAAAAUAGUAAGACUUUAAAAAAAAAAAAGCAAAAAAAAAGUAAAAUAAAAAAACAGGAAAAAAAAUUACUUCCAUUGAAUUUAAAAUCUCUAUUUUCAAAUAGCUAUUCCUUUACAUCUCGGGGAAAGUACCAGUGUUUUAUUAAAGAAAAACAAAAUAACUUUAGCCAUCGCUGUGCAGCAUUUUAUUUUUUCCCCCCUUUUUUAUAUUUUACAUUUUUUGUCCGUUUUUUUGUUUUCCUGACGUGAACGAAAGUCAAAAAACAAAACAAAACCUUUUUUUUUUUUUAAAUCACUAUCUUGCACAUCGUGGAUAUCUUUCUCAGGAAAAUGUGACAUUUCCAGAGGAGUAGAACACCACAAAAAAAAGACAAAAAAAACAAAAACAUUUCAUUGUAUUUUUAAGAAAAAGGAGGAAAAAAAGGUAUUUAAAAAAAAAAAUGAAAAGAAAAUGAAAAAAAAAAUGAAAUGAAAACUAGAUUACCCGGCUUCAAGCACUGAAAAUGGAAGGGGGAAAGAACGGAACACGUACAAGAGGAAGGCAAACAAUCCCUGUUUGUAGCAGUUACCUAAUUACCAAAUAAUGGACUCGAAAUGUUUCAAGAGUGCUUUAUAUGUUUGAAAAAAAAAUAUUGCUUUAUGUUGAAUCAAAAACUGAUUUUCUUGUCUCUAAGUUAGAAGAAAGACAAAAAAAAUAAGAAUAAGAUACUUUUCCGAGGAGCUGAUGGAAAUACCUUUUAUUGCAAACACAGCCUGUAACGCAAAGGAGGCCGAACCUUUCCCGUUUCAAUUUCUCUCGGGGAUGGUCCAUUUUGGUGUCACUAAAUGGGCAAGAUGGACUUUGAGCGAUUUGGCUUUAAGUGGAAAUGUAUGGUUUGGAUCUCUGCUAUGGCUGGUGCCAUCUCUAACGGCCCAUGAAUUGUUCUGCCUUGUGGGCCGUUUCAACAGGGCCGCCAUCCCUUGCGGUACUGGAGCAGUUUAUAGGAUCCUGAUCUAUGCACAAGCCAAGUUUGAGACAGAGCUACCAUUUUGUUUUGUUUCUUUGUUUUCUUUAGUUUACUAGAUUUUUAAUCUAAAACUAAUUUGUCCUGUGCAAAUAUUGAACGUCCCUUUCUCCCCCUUCUGGCAAAGCAGAUGGGGACAAUGACUUCAGACAGUACAACCUGUGUAUUGUAGCCCCGUUUUAUGUGUGAGGGGGUGGGGGUUUCUUCAUCAGUUAAUAUUGUAUGUGUUACUUCAUAAUGCUACCUCUGUCUGCCAUACACUGCCCCUAGACGGGCGGAGGGACAGACUGUGACACGGGAGGGGGAGUUCUUCUCCUCUCUCAUCUUCUUACACAAUUAGAAUUUGUCUGUUACAGGCACUGGGACAAUCCUUAAAAUUGUGGCACUCCAUUGGUUUUUCGAGGUUAUUUUUUAUUUUUUUUAUACUCUAUGUGCAUUACGUUGCUGAUCUCUCCAGCGCUUACUUGUGCUUGUUAUGAUAUAUUGUUUUAACGUAUAAGGCGAGAAGGUUAAAGGUUUACAAAGUGAGCGGAGUGUCUGACACGACUUCUUUCCGUAAAGAAGGUUUGUUUCACUAAUUUCUGUUGGAUGCAAUAUUGUCCCAAAGAUUUUAAGUAAAAAAAAAAAAACUAAAAAAAAAAUAAGUUUUACUGCCCUUUAUCUCUCUAGCUGCAAAAGGGUUAUUUGGUAAUACACAAGUUCUACUGUACUAGCAAGGCAGGUUGUCCGAUGCGGGCACACAGCGGGAAAGUGCAUGACGCUAUUGAUUGUGUACAAGAAAAUGUUAACUGUUCCUACGUGUGACGCAUCCAUCUGCCGUUCCUCUUUCCUCUGUAUUUGUCUGCAGGAAUUCUGGACAAAAAGUAAUAUUUUUUUUAUUUUUUUUAUUUUUUUGGGGGGGGGGGGGGGGUGUAAACUGCUAACCACUUUUCUGCCAGUGCAACCAACAAUGCAGUGCACUAGUAAUGUAUUGUAAUGUGCCCCUUCCUGACAGAAAAGAGGUUCAAGAGCACUUUUUGUCAUCUGUUGUGAGGAGCGAUUAAAAAAAAUAAAAAUUGAAUGCGAAAAUGCCACUACACAGCGGUUCUCUCGCCAGAAGAGCACCACCGACACGCUCCACAUCAGACGCCCCCUGCGUGUCCGUUAAAACCCAGCUUACUGACCAGGGGACAGUUCUGUGUACCAGAAACACAAGGCAUUUGAACAUUUCUUCCAUGUGAAAAAAAAUAAAAAUCUAUAAAUAUAUAUAAAGGAAUAUAUAGUAUUGAAGGACACACAAGUCUCAUGUUACUGAAUUUAAGAUGAAAAAAAAGAAGAAAGCGUUUUGUGUAUUUUUUUUUUUUUUUAUGUUGGUGUCUGUAACUGAAAUUUAAGGACAAGAGGAUGUUUGUGGCUUAUUAAUGUUUUAUUUUAUUUUUUAUUUUUAUUUUUUCCUCUCUCCUAGAAUGUGUUUGUUAAUGAAUUGCACCAAAAGAUGCUAUCAAAAAAAAUGUUGAAGCUUCUUAAAAAUUUAAUAAACUGCAGUUUUGUUUG